GAUGUCAUAAACUCCUACAGUAGGCUGAGCCAUCUCAAAUACAGGAGUUUCCUUGGUAGAAGAAACAUUUGAACAAAGCCCUGGACAUGAAUCUUUUUAUUUAUGUCCUGCUUUUGGUUAUUUGGACAAAUAGUUGUUUAGAUACGAACCAAAGUUAUGGAUCUCCUACCACAGGAGCCAAACACGUCGAAUCAAUGGACGCCAAACUGGACGUCUUCAGGAGACGUCUACUGGUUAUCACAAUUGGUAUUAUGAUUAUAGCUUUCGUAUUCACCUGUUUUUCUUUCAUCCAUUACAACUGUCUGAGCGACGACGCGCCCAAGGCAGAAACGCUCAAGAAAGAAGGUGUGCCAGCCAAGUCGUCCACACCAUCAUCCAAAAUGUCAUUCAGCGAAUCCAAGACAGCCAGCACAUGCAGUCUAGAAAACCAAUCCCUGCUGUCUGCUAUAGACGAGUUAUCUAGUGUCUCAUGUCCGGAAAAGUCCUCCAAGACAGCCAGCACAUGCAGUCUAGAAAGCCAAUCCCUGCCGUCUGUUAUAGACGAGUUAUCUAGUGUCUCAUAUCCGGAAAAGUCCUCCAUAUCAUCCAGCACAAAAAAGUCCGUCGGGCCCUCGAGUCUAGAAAAGCUGUGUGUGUCCUCUAGUACACAAAAGUUCAAGAAGCCAUCAAGUCAAAGGAAGAAAAGGCCACCGUGCUCAGUAAAAAAAUUCAAGUCAUCGCACCUGGAGAAGCCAUAUCGAACACGCAAUCUGGGAAAGCCAUAUAAGCCAGCUCGUGCCCAUAAGCUAGUUAGUCAGGCCACUUCAUCCUACCGAAAUAAGGCAGCGAGGCCACCCUGGCCGGUCGGUCUGCAAUAUGCAGUCAGGCCAACCAAGCCACUUUGUCCACCCCACCCGCAAAGUCGCAUCUCGCCACCCAAGCAAUCCAGUGUGCAGAAACUAACCAAGUCCCCUAGACAUUGUAAACUCAAAGGGUCAGUUUGUGCCCGUAGCGCAGACAUGUUAUCGAGGCCUCAGUUAAUCAAGCUUUGCCGGCGCUAUAAGGAAAGAUGUCCCGUCUGCCAAAGUUCUGAGCCUUUGAUCAGUAAUAUUUCUGAGGCACAGAAUAGAAAUGCUCAAAACCCACUUUGUCCAAGUGAAGCGAAGCCUUGCGCCCAGUCCUUUCUCAAGGCAGAUUACAGAGACAACGUAUUCCGUGGCAACGUGAGCUACAGUGAUACUACGACAUAUGACAGUAAUGACAGUGAUAGGGAGGUAACCAUUAUUUGCAACAUGAAACACGAGGCCACCCCUGAACGCAUCCAGGAUAAUUAAGGACUCAGUGAAAAGAAAAACCACCUGUGAAGAAGCACCAACUCUUUCAUGCUCACUGUCUUCUAAAACACUGAUAGUGGGAAAUCUAUUUGCAAUCGUCAUUGAGAUUACGCCUAUCCAUUUGGGAAGCAAGUGAUUUAAAAAAUGAUAAAUAAACGCAUGAUGUAACAAAUGCUUUUGUUGUAAUUAUUAUUGCAUU